AUGAAUAAAACAUAUUUACCAAUUUUGGGGAAAAAAAAAGAAAAUGUAGAGAACUUGAAUAAAAUAAAUUCUAUGAUAAAUCAAAUGAAAUUUAUUGAUGAUAGUCUUAAAAAUUUGUUCCAAUCAGAUCAUGAGCUAAAUAACCAUGACGCCUUUUUGUUGUUUCGAGGAAUAGUUGCCAAAAGAAUUGUCCAUUAUUCCAGUUUAAUUGCGGAAUGUAAAGACAAGAUACUGUGUGCCGAUAUUUCUGACGAAGAUAUAGAAGAUGUGAGGAGGCAAUUUGAGUACCAUCAAGGAAAUGUGAAAAAGUACAAAAGAGAGCUAAGUACCUGGUGGAACAAAAAUGAGAAAAACUAUCACCGUAUAUGUAUGAAUGUAUUUCUGACGAAGCGGAAAAGUGACAACCAUGCAGAACAUGCCGAAAUCAGUGAAAAAAACGAAACGGAUACAAAUUUAAAAGACACAAAACAAAUGAUGAUAGAAGAAAUUAACAGAAUGAAGAAUGUCAGAUCAGAAUUGUUGGAAUCAUCUCAUAAAUUGAGAAAACAAGAUGAAAUAUUCAACAUGUUUGAAUCCAAAAUAAAAUCUAGCACGCAGUUGAUAUUUUCUUUAAAAAGAAAAGCUCAAAACGACACAAGAUAUGUUUGGUAUUCCUUUUUUUUCUUCUUGAGUGUAUGUUCAUACAUUAUCCUACGUAGGUUGGGUUUCAUAAGGGCCCUUAUAACGGCAAUUAAGUUUUUACUUUCGCUCCUACUGUAUUUAGUUAAAUUUGUGUUAGGAGUAUUUAUUUUUUUUAAGAAAGAUUAUAAUACAAGAAAGGACACAAAUGAGGAUAACGAUUUGGGGAAAGGACUUGUGGUUAUUCCAUCCAUGAGUGAAUUGUGA